AAUCAGUCAAUCACAGCCUUCAUAUGAAUAUGUAUAAGGAGCUCAGUCUUCAAAUUUGUUUGCCAUGACUUUGAAAGCAUUGGCAGAACUAUCAGAGAACUUUAUACAUUACCUGGUCCUAAGUGUAUUCUGUGUGGCCUAGGUUCUUUAGUACUUUCAGUAGCCAAGCUAUCCCUGUGAAACAGAGAAUUAAUUGGCAUUCUUCUUCUGUGAAACAUAUUCAAGCAGGGAUGCAGCUAGGUACUGUUACUUUGUUUUUCUUAUUCAUCUUCAGUUUUCUUCCCUCACAGUAUGGUGCUGAAGUAUACAACAUAACUCCUUCACACCCAUUAGCAGAGGGACAAACUCUAGUCUCUCCUGGCCUAAUAUUCGAAUUGGGCUUCUUCAGUCCUAAUAGUUCUGCUAAUAAGUAUGUGGGGUUGUGGCACAAAAGUAUAUUUCCCCGUAAAUAUGUAUGGGUGGCUAACAGAGAUAAUCCUCUUGCUGCUACAGACACCUUGGCUACUUUGAGCAUUGGCAGCAAUGGGAAUCUGGAGCUCGUAGAUGGGAAACAGAGUUCUGUCUGGUCAGCCAAUAUAUCUAAUUGUUCAUCAGCAGUUCUCUUAGAUAAUGGAAACUUCAUAGUCAAAGAUGGUAUGGGAGCUGAUUUGUGGAUGAGUUUCAAUGAUCCUAGUGACACACAUCUGCCAAGAAUGUUGCUGGGAUAUGAUAGCGGUUCUGGAAAACGGAAUUUCUUGACAUCUUGGAAAAGUGAAAAUGAUCCAUCACCAGGGAUAUUCUUGGUUGGACUGUCAGCAGAGUUACCGGCACAAUUGUAUAUUUGGACUAAUGGAUCUACUCCCCACUGGAGAAGUGGGCCAUGGGAUAAAUCAAGGUUUAUUGGUAUACCCACAUCGAAUUCUGACACUUCUCCGUAUCUAAAUCCAUGGACUCUUGUUGAUAAUGUGCCGCAGGGAACAAGGUAUUUAUCUUACAGUUUUGACAAAAUUCCUGGUGCGAAUGUUUUUACAUAUGCUGACAUAUCUUCCGAAGGUAUACUGAGGUUUUUGUUUUCAGAAAUUGGCAAGAACUGGUAUCUUGCGUGGAAGUCAUGGAACAACCCAUGCGAUAAUUAUGGCGCCUGUGGACCUUUUGGGGUUUGCAAAGCUUAUGAAUCUCCUAUCUGCAAGUGUUUGAAAGGGUUUAUACCCAAGUCAAAUAAGGAAUGGAGUAAAAGAAACUGGACCGGAGGUUGUGUGAGACGAAGGAACUUGUCUUGUGAGACCAACACAAAUGAAUCAAUCUCAUCAAAGGGAAAAGAUGGGUUUUUGAAGUUGGAAAGAUUGAAAUUACCCAAUUUUCAUGAAUAUUUGGGUUCUGUGGCUCUAGACAAGUUCGAGGACUGCAAGACACGGUGCCUGAGUAAUUGUUCAUGCCUGGCUUAUGCUUAUGUUGAUAACAUAGGGUGUUUGGUGUGGUUCAAAGACCUUUUUGAUAUGCAGCAGUUUCCAGCUUUUGAAGAAGAUCUUUACGUUCGCCUAGCACACUCAGAACUAGUUGAAGGAAAGCCGACAAAGUUAAUUGCAAGCCUUACAACUAUUGGAUUUUUGAGCAUCUUGGUUGCUAUAAUCUUCUGUUUGCACAGGUGGCGUGCUAACCAAAAGCGACACGUCGAAUUAAUAGCACGACGCUUGGAAUCAACUAGUACGAUUCAGAUUCAUAGGGACGGUCUUCGAGAUUAUAUAGGAAAGCAUGAUUUCUCGGAGCUAAAGAUAUAUGAUUUUGAUAACAUACUAAUCGCCACAGACAACUUCAGCAUCACAAACAAACUCGGGCAAGGAGGCUUUGGCCCAGUUUAUAAGGGGAUGCUACCAGAAGGGAAGGAAAUUGCAGUAAAAAGACUAUCUAGUAACUCAGGACAAGGUGUCGAAGAGUUCAAGAAUGAGAUGCGGUUGAUCUCCAAUCUUCAACACAAAAACCUUGUUAGGAUGAUGGGUUGCUGUGUUAAAGAGGAUGAGAAGUUACUGAUUUACGAGUUCAUGGCAAACAAAAGCUUGGAUACUUUUCUAUAUGAUCCGACGAAGAGAGCAAUGCUUAAUUGGGCUACACGCUUUAAUAUUAUUCAGGGUGUUGCUAGAGGGCUUCUUUAUCUCCAUCAUGAUUCCUAUGUGAAGGUGAUACAUAGAGAUUUAAAAGUCAGUAACAUUCUCCUAGAUGAGAAAAUGAAUCCAAAAAUCUCAGAUUUUGGAUUGGCACGCAUAGUUGAAGAAACACAGAGUCUAGAUAAUACUCAUAAGGUCGUUGGAACACGUGGCUAUAUGUCUCCAGAGUAUGCCAUGGGUGGGAUAUUUUCCGAAAAAUCUGAUGUCUACAGCUUCGGGGUCCUGGUGUUAGAGAUUAUUAGCGGUAAGAAGAAUGUCAGCUUCUAUUGCUAUGACCAACAGCUAGGCUUCCUUGCCUAUGUAUGGAAGUUAUGGAAUGAAGGCAGGGCAUUGGAGUUAGUAGAUGAAGUAUUGGGUGAUUCAUAUUCCUCAUCCGAAGUAAUGACAUGCGUGCAUGUUGGGCUUCUUUGUGUACAAGACAAUGCUCCGGAUAGACCAACCAUGACGGAUGUAGCUUCAAUUCUAAGUAGCGAGAAAGAUGGUCCACAUCCAAAGAGGCCUGUAUUCACUAUCCAAAACUCAGUUUAUCAUCUUGGAUCAUCCUAUGAAAAUACAAAUUCCUCCAUAAAUGAAGCUAGCAUUACAAUGAUUGGAGGACGUUAAGCGACAGCAAAUUGGCACAUCACAAGGCCUUUUGGUCAUUCUCAAGGGGUUCUUAUACAUAUUGAAGGUUUUCUAUUUGGUAGUAUAUGAAGGUUUUUUUAGUUAAUGUAAUACCCGAGGUAUUUAAAAUAAAUAAAUAAAUAAAUGUCAUGAAGGAGUUAUUCA